AUGAAUGUACGACGAGUUCAAAUGGUGACGUGCCCCCAGGAGAAUUUCAUGCCGUACUUCUCGACCCGCGGGUACGACACCUACGCCCAGGACUCGGCGGCGUCUGGAGGUGGCGGCAGGGCGCCCGUCGUCAUCGGACACUCUUUCGGCGGCCUGAUUGUCCAAAAGUACAUCCUGGGUAGCGCCGCGACGUCCUCCCACUGCUCCUCCGCCUCCCCCCCGCCGCCGCCGCCGCCGCCUGGGCCUACCCCCGGGUCGUUCCCGCCCCUCUCCGGAGCGGCCUUCCUGUGCAGCGUGCCCCCCUCCGGCAACAAGCAGAUGGUGAUGCGCUUCCUGAGGAGAGACCCCAUCAUGUCGCUGAAGCUCACCUGGGGUUUUAUCGCCCGUACCUUCGCCAGCAGUCGUACUGCCUGCCGAGAGCUGUUCUUCUCCAGCGACCUCCCGGAAGACAAACUGGACAGGUACCAGAAGUUCCUCGCGGCAGCCAGCCCCACUCGCCUCCUCGACCUCAGGGACAUGAACGCGCAGGUGCCGCUGCCACCACCGUCCCCUCACGCACCCCCCGCCUUUGUGUUGGGAGCCGCGCAGGACACCGUUGUGGAUCCUGAGGCCGUACAGGCAAGCGGUUGGGCGCGGGGAGGAGAGCUGGCGUCGUACUACGGUACCCAGGGCGUCCUGCUGCAGGACCUAGCGCACGACUGCAUGCUGGACACCCGGUGGCAGCGAGCGGCUGCAGAGCUGGAGACCUGGCUGGCUGCGCUGUAA